AUGGCUGCUGCUAGUCUGCAGUUUUUUGUACCAGAAUAUAGUGUGAUCAGGUUGAUCCAGCAGUACCUAAAGGAAAAUAACCUGACACGAACACUACGAGCUCUUCAGGAGGAAACUUCCAUCACGCUUAACACAGUGGACUCUGUGGAGAGCUUCAUGGCAGAUAUCAAUCAGGGUCACUGGGACACUGUGCUCAAGGCAAUUCAGACAUUGAAACUCCCAGACAAGAAACUCAUUGACUUAUAUGAGCAGGUUGUUCUGGAGCUCAUAGAACUGAGAGAGUUGGGAGCUGCCAAGUCAGUGCUACGAAAUACAGAUCCCCUUAUCAUGUUGAAGCAGACUGUACCUGAAAGGUAUGUUCAUCUGGAGAACCUGAUAGCCCGUUCAUACUUUGAUCCUCGAGAAGCAUAUCCUGAAGGAGUAACAAAGGAGAGGAGGAGGGCAGCCAUCGCUGCAGCCCUGGCAGGUGAAGUGUCAGUCGUGCCGCCAUCUCGUCUCUUGGCCCUUCUUGGUCAGGCCCUCAAGUGGCAGCAGCAUCAGGGUCUUCUGCCACCUGGUACCCAGAUUGAUUUGUUCCGAGGUAAGGCAGCCAUGAGGGAGCAAGAGGAGGAGAAAGUACCCACACAGCUGGCAAGAUUUAUCCGUUUCCCACAGAAAGCACAUGUAGAGAGUGCACACUUCAGUCCUGAUGGACAGUACCUUGUCACUGGCAGCUUUGACGGCAUUAUAGAAGUAUGGAAUUUCACCACAGGUAAAAUUCGUAAGGAUUUAAAGUAUCAAGAAAAGGAUUCUUACAUGAUGAUGGAAUCUGCUGUACUGAGUUUAGCCUUCAGCAGAGAUUCUGAAAUGCUGUCUGCUGGGUCUCAGGGAGGACAAGUUAAGGUUUGGCGUGUCAGUACAGGUCAGUGCCUGCGGAAGGUAGAACGUGCUCACUCUGAAGGUGUGACAUCUCUUGCCUUCAACAAAGAUAACAGUCAAGUUUUGUCCACAUCCUUUGACAACACACUCAGAAUACAUGGUUUAAAAUC